AUGUCGACGAUCCACUCCAUCAAGCGCGAACAGUGCCACCUCGCCUGGGACCACAGCAUCCCCCCGAUUCUGCGCGUGCAGUCCGGCGAGACCGUCACCUUCGACUGCCUCGACGCCUCAAAUGGGCAGCUCACGCCCACCUCCACUGCGGCCUCCAUCGCCUCGCUCGUCUUCGCGCAGCUCGACCAAGUGAACGGCCCGAUCUUCGUCGAGGGCGCCGUCCCGGGCGACACGCUCCGCGUCGACGUGCUCGACGUGCGCACCGCCGCCUGGGGCUGGUCCGCGCUCAUCCCCGGGUUCGGCCUCCUCGCGGACGAGUUCGCGGUGCCGACCGUCAAGAUCUGGACGCUGCACGCGCAUGAGGGCGGGUACGACGAUGCGGGCGAGUAUGGGUACACGUGGUUCGACGAGGAGAAGGGGAUCCGCGUGCCGUUGAGGCCGUUCGCGGGCGAGAUGGGCGUCGCGCCGGGGAAGCCGGGCGCGCACUCGACGAUCCCGCCGUAUGCGACGGGCGGGAAUGUGGACACGCGCCAUUUGACGAAGGGCUCGAUUUUGUAUCUUCCGGUGGAGGCGGAAGGUGCCUUGUUCUCCAUCGGGGACGGACAUGCGGCCCAAGGAGACGGCGAGGUCUGCGGCACGGCGAUCGAGACGCCAAUGAAUGUGACUGUGCGACUGACGGUCUUGAAAGACAAACCGUAUGUGAAGACGCCGCACUUCGUAACGCGCUCGCCACAUGGGCGCGAGGAAGAGUUCUACUGCACGACCGGCGUUGACUCUGACAUCCGAGAGGCAACGCGUGCGGCCGUGCGGCAUAUGGUGACGUUCCUGGGUGCGGAGUAUGAUCUCACGCGUGAAGAGGCGUAUAUACUAUGCAGCGUCGCAGGAGACUUGAAGAUGCACGAAGUGGUGGACAUGCCGAACUACGUGAUUGGGAUGAUGAUACCGAAAUCCAUAUUCACAAAGAGCAAAUAA